UUUCCCAUGAGCACCCGCUCUGGGUUGAUACUACACAAGACAACAUGGCGGGACUCGCAGCGUUCCUGAAAAACGCAUGGAACAAGGAGCCUGUUAUCCUGGUGUCCUGCGGGAUUGGACUGUUGGGUCUUGCUCUUCCAGUAAUCAGCCCCCUGGCAAAGUAUACAGGAAUGAUCAAUGAGGCUGUGCCAUACAACUACCCAGUCCCUGUGCGAGAUGAUGGAAACAUGCCUGAUGUCCCUUCUCAUCCAAGUGAACCAAAAGGACCCAACUUGGACUGGCUUAAAAAUUUCUAACUUCACAUGUGCAUGAUCAAAACUUGCGCCGUUCCUCUUGUUCAUAUGUGUCUGCAUAGCUGCUCCAACUAUCAAUGUCCUGCAAUAAAGAUUUAUUUAAUUCUA